AUGGUCAAGGAAGACAGAUCCGUAUGGAAGUCCAACUACUUCUUGAAGAUCACUACAUUGUUUGAUGAGUUCCCGAAGGCAUUCAUUGUCAACGCAGACAAUGUGGGCUCCAAGCAGAUGCAACAGAUUCGACAGGCCCUUCGUGGGAGAGCUGUGAUUCUUAUGGGGAAAAACACCAUGAUGAGAAAAGCCAUCCGUGGCCAUCUGGAGAACAACCCAGGCUUGGAGAGACUGCUGCCAGUCAUCAAGAACAAUGUUGGCUUUGUAUUCACCAAGGAGGACUUGACUGAUGUGCGCACUCUGCUUUUGGAGAACAAAGUUCAAGCUCCAGCCAGAGCCGGAGCUGUUGCUCCUUUGGAUGUGAAAAUCCCAGCCCAGCAGACCACCCUUGGGCCGGAGAAGACUUCCUUCUUCCAGGCUCUGUCCAUCCCAACCAAGAUUACCAAGGGAACCAUUGAAAUCUUGAACGAGGUGUCACUGAUCAAAGAAGGAGAGAGAGUGGGUCAGUCCGAGUCUACUCUUCUCAACAUGUUGAAUAUUUCCCCCUUUACCUAUGGGUUGGUCAUUGAGAACGUUUAUGACUCUGGCACUGUCUUUGCUCCCAACAUCCUAGACAUUACAAACGAUGACAUCAUUUCACGCUUCCUAGCUGGUGUGCGCAAUGUUGCCUGUGUGUCUCUUGCUAUUGGUUACCCGACUGCAGCCUCUGCCCCUCACUCACUCAUCAAUGGGUUCAAGCGCCUGUUGGCUAUUGCAGUUGAGACUGACUACACUUUCCCGGAGGCAGAGAAGACAAAGGAGUACUUGAAAGACCCCUCCAAAUUUGCCAGUUUGGUCGUUGCUGCGGCCCCAGCGGCUCAGGCAGCUAAACCUGCAGCUGCCGCCGCCGCCAAGGAGGAGGCCAAGAAAGAGGAAAGCGAGGAGUCCGAAGAGGAUAUGGGAUUUGGUCUCUUUGAUUAG